AUGGUGGACGCUAAGCAAGCGUGGUUCCUUUGCGAAGUGGAGUUCCCACCAUGCACUGCGCACUUUCAAAAGUUCAACAUGGCGGCCGUGAACGUUUUGCACGAGGACGCUAGAAGACUGCAAGAAAAAGAGUGUUGCGUCCUUUGAAUUGGUUAGUAAUAGUUCUUACUGUAUUUUACUAAAACUUGGUAGCGAGGGUUUUUUUUUCUGGGCGAAAUGUUUUUUCCUCAUGUCUUGAUAUGAGCUACAAAAUCAAAACAAAAUAUAUGUUAAUUUAAGCUUGUAUAUGAAGCGUAGAGUCUGGUAAACAUAAAUCAAGAAACUGGUUUCUGUUCGCAGGCCCUGGGACACAGACAGAUUCAUUGCCCGGCCUUUUUGUUGAUUCCCCUUCCCCACCGUACCUUUGCUGGGAUGACUCUCCUGGGGGGGGGGGAUCCCAGGGGGGUACACCGUACAGGAGUUAAAGUUACAGGACGAUUAAAGGGGCCAAAUGAAAACCCAUUAAAAUCCCUAGGGCUUCUAACAAAACCCCCCAACAUCCCUGAAACAAAAAUUAACUCCCCAAAAUUCCCAUGCCAAAUUUCCGAGCCUUCAAAAUUUUCAGUAAACAAUAAUAUUAAAUGAUAUAACAUGCAAAAAAUGGAAAUUGAAUAUUGUAUUAUCUGAAUUUAUCUUUAGAAUUUAUCUUUCCCUUGGCAUACGCACAUGGUACUACAGCAAUCUCCAGAUUGUUUUAAAUACCCCCAGCAAAUUCUUUCUUAAAUCAAGACACCAAAAAAUACUUGCUAAACUUCCCCAAAAAAUUGAUGGAACAGAAAACUUCAAUCCCAAGAAAAUCCUUCAGUCAUCCCUGUCACUUAAGCUUAAAAGUACCCCCAAGCAGGGGUGGAUCCAUGAGUUUUUUUAGGAGGGGGUGCACUCAUCUCUUGCUCUACUUCAACACCAAUAAAACACAUAGUUUUUUUUUGUAGGACACCAGUUGUAUUAGAAAACCGCAGGUCAUCUCAGGGGGGGGGAGGGGUGCACAUCCCCUGCACCCUCCCCCUAGAUCUGCCCCUGCCAUGUAUGUUACAGGUCAAUAUUAAAUUCAGGUUAAGAUUUUUUAUUUAUGAAUUAAAGCUAGGAGACAAAGGAAAUUGAGAAUUUUAAACCUGAAUUUAAUUUUGACCUGCAACAGAAUAUGGCAAACAAGGCAUCAAUGAACUUGUUGCAAAUCCAUUGACUCUCUGUUUUUUUUCAUAGGAUAUGCAAUGUAUUUUUGACUCGAUUUUAACUCAAGUUUGCCAUGAUUUCCAGAGGAGCAAAAGUAGCAUUAGGAGGAGCAUUUUGUUUUGCCUCAGCUGUAAUAUUUCUAGUACAUCAGAUGCAGAACACAGAUCGUAAAAGACUCAAAGAAGGUGUGAUUAGAGACAUAGAGAGACAAGAGAGGAAGAGAAAGAAUGUUGAAGAGUUGCAGCAACAGAUUGAACUGACAAAGAAGUUGCAAAAACAAAGGGACAGUGAUGUUUCUAAUCAGAAAGAGAAUGACGCAAGCUAA